AGUAUCUCAAAAACGAACUUACACACGUAAUAAACAAUAAAUGAUAUGCAAUACAUAUAUUAAAUAACGAAGUAAACAAUUUCUAAAAGAGGGAUCAGUUAUGUGUUGUACUGUACAAUCAAAGGGAAAAUCAUAUUUUGAUAUUAGUUUUAAUUAAUUAAUAGAUUAAUUAAUAGAAAAAAAAACCAGAAAGGAAAAAACUGUAAAUAAAAAAAGUAGGGAUGUAUGCAUUUCGCGCAUGUCGGAAUGACUGAAAGGAGAGCAGUCGACGAGAGGAAAGGAAUAACAGUGAUCAUUUAAACGAAAGUGGGAGUUAGAUAGUGAAGGAAAAAAAAACGAGAGAAAAAAGUAGAGGAGAAAACUUUCCUCUACUUUCGAUGGGUGAUUAAACAAAUAGAUAAACAAUUAUUAAUUAAAUCGCGUAAAUACGUAAUAAUAUACGUCGAAACUCAACUUUGUCCUAUCACAUUUUGCAUCUUCAUCAGCAAAAUAACCAAUCCCUCUUAUCUAUCCUAUUCAAUGUUCAAAGAUAUCGGUGAACGAGAAAGAUUCGUGUAAUUUUUUAUAUACGUUCAAUUUAAUCAAAUCAAGUCUAAUAAUUGUUUCGAGAUGACAGAUGUUGACGAAAACGUUCAAACGAACAAUGAUACCUGUAAAAAUAUUCUUGUGAUACUAUCUUGGAUUAUCGUGAUUCUUACGAUGCCGUUUUCAUUAUUCGUUUGUUUCAAGGUAGUACAGGAAUACGAGAGAGCUGUGAUAUUUCGUUUAGGGCGACUUCUUUCUGGUGGUGCUAAAGGACCCGGUAAGAAUACAGAUCAUGAUUAUUACGUAUAUGUAUUUAUUAAUAUCAAUACUAUUAUAUUUCUAGGUAUCUUUUUCAUCUUGCCUUGCGUGGAUAAUUAUGCUCGAGUCGAUUUACGCACGCGAACGUACGACGUACCACCUCAAGAGGUUUUGACAAAGGAUAGCGUGACGGUAUCGGUUGACGCGGUAGUGUACUAUCGCGUGAACAACGCAACGAUUUCGAUCACGAAUGUUGAGAACGCUCAUCAUAGUACAAAACUGUUGGCUCAAACGACUCUUCGUAAUACGAUGGGGACCAGGCCGCUUCACGAAAUUCUUAGUGAACGGGAAACAAUUUCCGGAAAUAUGCAGGUCUCUUUAGAUGAAGCUACCGAUACAUGGGGUAUAAAAGUAGAACGAGUCGAAAUAAAAGAUGUACGAUUGCCUGUUCAAUUACAAAGAGCUAUGGCUGCGGAAGCUGAAGCUGCUCGUGAAGCUCGCGCCAAGGUUAUCGCAGCGGAGGGUGAACAAAAAGCUAGUCGAGCAUUACGAGAAGCCUCGGAGGUAAUCGGCGAUUCACCUGCCGCAUUACAACUUCGUUAUUUGCAAACUCUGAACACAAUUUCUGCAGAGAAAAACUCAACGAUCGUAUUCCCAUUACCUAUUGAUUUAUUAACAUAUUUCAUGAAAGCCGGAUUUACAAAAGAUUCUUAAUAUCUCAAUUUUUUAAUAUAACAUUUUAAUAUAAUUUUAAUAUAAUAAAAUCAAACGGUUAUCAUUCGAACAAAGUCAUCCAAAAUCUUCUACGUAUAAAGGAUACGUAUAAUUAACACACUCGGCUCAAUAACAUAAGAGGAUCGCAUAAAUAUAAUAACAUCAUUUACUUUUACUACAAAUAUUCGAUUAAAAUAAAAUUAACUCCAAAAGUGAUAACACCCAAUCCAA